AUGGCCAAUCCACAAGAAGAAACAUACAUACAAUACCUAAAUUAUGAUUGGGAUUCGUUUACAGAAUUUCAAACUGGUCUCGAAGAAGUAUUACAAAAUUAUUUGCAAAAUUUAAAAGAAUCAGAUCCAUCAAUUAUUGAAAUACCAGCAAAUGAUAAACAACAACUCAUAAAUCAGGCUAAACUGUUCUUUUUCUGUGAAAAAACGGGAAAUAUAAUAAAUAUAGAAGAUUAUAAUGAUUGGAAAUUACACAAUGAAGAAAAAUAUGACAAAAAUGCAAAAAUUGUAGAGAUUAAAGAGGAAGAGACAAGCUCUGACCCUCCUUAUUCUUCAAAUUAUCAAAAUUUAGUUGAGCUGAUACUAAGUGGUAAAGAAAUUCCCGGUAUUAAACAAAUACCUGACACUGUAUUGACUGAUUCGGCAUCUACUUCAAAUCAAAAAGAAAGAUUGAAACCAUGGGAGAAAAAUAAAAAGAUCCCUAAUGAAGAAGAUAUUAAAAUUGUAUAA